ACACAUCGCACUCACAUGUCGCUGAGGCGCAGUGAUCCACUGAACACCGCGUCCUCCUCUUCUUCUUCCUCCUCUUCUUCCUCCUCCUCCUCUCCGGCUGUGGGAUCACUACUGCUGCUGCUGAGGGUUUCACUGGAUUUUGGCACGAAUUUGUUCAGGCUGCUCUCAACGCCUCCUAGCGCGCAUUAAAAAAGAAGAAAAAAUCAGGGAUUUUUGGAGGAACAUUUUCAAACCACAGGAAAUCCUAAGAUUUCCUCUGCGUACAACAGCUGACUGCUUCUGACUUGUUAAAGCUUGUUAGAUAACCAAAGAAAGAAUGCCCAACCAGAGGACGUCAUGAAACCUUGGAUCUAAUCUUGAAAUAUAUAUAAUUUAUUUUUUUUUACGGAAAGAAGGAAAAUAAAUCAUUUACCUGUGGAAGUACCCCCACCACAAAAUAAAAUGACCACAGAGUCUUUCCAUGCGGCCUAUGCUGUUGUGGCCCCAUCCGCCAUCCCCAUGUCCCCCUCCUCAGGGAACCUGCUUCGCAUGUUCCGCGCGUACCAGAGCAACGCCGUCAUCCUGGAGCACUACAACUUCACGGGCAAGCUGCAGGAGAACAAGUACAAGGAGGGACUCAAACCCGAGGCCAUCGCGUUCCUGCUGGUCUGCCUGCUCAUCGUCGCAGAAAACGCUGUGGUGCUGCUGGCCAUCUGGAAGAACAAGAAGUUCCACCUGCCCAUGUACUACCUGCUGGGCAACCUGACGCUCUCCGACCUGCUGGCCGGCUUCACCUACAUGGUGAACAUCAUCACGUCCGGCUCCAACACGAUGAGCAUGACCCCGGUGCUGUGGUUCCUGCGGGAGGGGGGCGUCUUCAUCAUGCUGGCCGCCUCCGUCAUCAGCCUGCUGGCCAUCGCCAUCGAGCGCCACGUCACCAUGGUGAGGAUGAAGCCGUACCAGGGGGACAAACAGGGCCGGAUGUUCGCCCUGAUCGGAGCCAGCUGGGUGCUGUCCGUGUUCCUGGGCGUCCUGCCCGUCCUGGGCUGGAACUGCAUGGGACGCCUGGACCAGUGCUCCACGGUGCUCCCGCUCUACGCCAAGAGCUACAUCCUCUUCUGCAUCACCGUCUUCAGCGCAGUACUCAUGUCCAUCGUGGUGCUGUACGUGCGCAUCUUCCGCAUUGUCAAGUCCAACACCCAGCGCCUGGCCUCGGUGCCGCAGCGCAAGGGCCUCUACCGCAAGUCCCAGAAGUACAUGGCCCUGCUGAAGACGGUCACCAUCGUGCUGGGGGUCUUCAUCGCGUGCUGGCUGCCCCUCUUCAUCCUCCUGUUGCUGGACUUCUGCUGCCCGGCCAAAAGCUGCGGGGUGCUCUUCAAGGCGGACUACUUCCUGGGCAUCGCCAUGUUCAACUCGCUCCUCAACCCCAUCAUCUACACGCUGACGAGCAAGGACAUGAGGAGGGCCAUCAUCCGGCUGCUCUGCCGACGCUGCCUCCUGACCAAAGACGGGCAGGUGAAGAAGAUCGGGAUGCCCUUCUUGGAGUGCAGCACCAGCAAGACCGACGCGGCCUCUCACCGGUUGGAGGGUCUGGAGACGACGGUGUCCUCCGGGAACUGCACGCCCUCGACCAUCAAAGCUAUCUACCCCAGGAUGUCCAAAACAUGACACAGCGGCACUGUCGAGAGGACGCAGUUGGACUAACACCUCCCUCCAGACAGAGAUGUGCACCAGCUUUUGGGGGGUUUGCACAGGGUUUUGGUAUUCGGAGUAAGCUCGAUGUGAUUGAAGUCCAGGUUUUUGGGAGAAAGACUAACUUUUGAAGUUUAUCCAUAAUCACAAAAGGCGCCUUAAUAGCAGGUGGCAGUUUGUUGUGAAAAACUAGCAUUACUUUUAUCUUUUGAGACAAGGUCAGUAUUUAUCAGAGGCUUUUCCUCUUGGGAAAAAAAAACAUUUCAUGUGUGUGUUUGUGUGUGUGUGUGCAGAGUAAAUCACGCCAUACAUCUGACAGACUGGGGCCAAAGCCACGGCGGCAGGAGGUCGAUCCGCUUCUCCUCUCCCUGCGUCAGCGUGUAAUGAUACGGUGUUGCAAACACGGAGCGUCCGCGCCCCAAAAUCGGCUGCCAAACCCAUGUAAUGUCUGCCAUGUGAGUUUUGGUCAGCAGCAGCGACGGGUAGUGGUCCCGCCCACCCCCAUCGGGCCCCAGAUCAGAGGCUUUGGCAGCCCCCGCUGUAGCGACACACGAUGAAGGACCAGAAGGCUUUAAAGCCCUCUUGGUCGCACAGACUAGAUUAUCGCAGUGAUCCGCUGACACAUGUGGACAAAACUAAGGUUUUCUUCACCAUGAAACGAUGAUGAAUGCGCUUCUCUUCGCGAUGACAUCAUCUUGUCCCACACAGCAGCGAUCCGUCGAGGCCCCGACGACAGAGGAGCGUGGGCUUCAUACUGCUGCCUGGGGAACUUCAUUGUGGUCACGUGACAUAAAAAAUAAUAGAUUGCCAACUAAUAUUGUACAGAAAUGUAAACAAAAGAAAACAUCUAUUUACUGAUUUGUUUUGUAUACUUUGUAAAUAUAUAUAUGUAUAUAUAGCCUUCUCUGAGCUUAUCAGAGCUGCAUUUUGUGUUGUAAAAACCUCACUUAAGUUAUGAUGUCUUCCUUUUUAAUAUGUGCACUGAAUAAAACAUGUGA